AUGUCUGAACCCAAGUCCACAGAGUCCCCAGGUUCUGGGUGUGGUGUUCCAGCCCAGAGAACCUCAAAGCAGAGUCCAGAUAUGGUCUCAGUGAAGCUGGAGGACUGCAGUCAACCACUGGAAGUCAAUGUGAUUGUUAAAGAAGAGGCAGAGGAGAGAGCAGUCAAAGAGGAGGCAGAGGAGAGAGCAGUCAAAGAGGAAGAAAAGGAGGAGGAGGAGAAAGCCAUCACAGAGGCGAUGGAGGAAAGACCACUCAAAGAGGAGCUGAAGGAGAGCGGAGUCAAAGAGGAGGAGAGUCCAAUCAAAGAAGAGAACAGAGAUGUGUCUGCUCCAGAUCUAGAGGAAGUAGAUGGUAUCACUGAUCCAGGAGAGAUCUCCAACCCAGGUUCAGACAGUGAGCCCAGUUCCACAGCAUCAGGAAACCAUAAACAACACAGACAGAGGAACUCAAGACAGAAACAUCACCACUGCAUGGACUGCUUGACCAGUUUCUAUGAGCCAGAGGAGUUGAGAAGACACACUUGUAGACCCCACCCCUGUUCAGAUUGCAGAGGCAGUUUUAUUUGCACAACUCACCUCAAAUCACACCAACAGACUCACAGAAUAAAGAAGACUUACCCGUGUGAUCAAUGUGGGAAGAGCUUUCCGACACCAAGCAAACUAAUGACUCACCAGAAAACUCACACAGGAGAGAAGCCUUACCACUGCUCUCAAUGUGGGACGAGCGUCAGUAAUUUAGCGCAUCUAAAGCGACACCAGAGGAUAAUACACCUGGGAGAGAAGCCUUACCACUGCUCUCAGUGUGAUACACGCUUCAGUCAGGCAGGACACCUGAAGAGACACCAGCGAACUCACACAGGAGAGAAGCCUUACCACUGCUCUCAGUGUGGGAAGAGCGUCAGUAAUUUAGCACAUCUAAAGCGACACCAGAGGAUAAUACACCUGGGAGAGAAGCCUUACCACUGCUCUCAGUGUGAUACACGCUUCAGUCAGGCAGGACACCUGAAGAGACACCAGCGAACUCACACAGGAGAGAAGCCUUACCACUGCUCUCAGUGUGGGAAGAGCUUUGGUCGGGCAGGAUCUCUGAAGAGACACCAGAUUACUCACACAGAAGAGAAGCCUUAUCACUGCUCUCAAUGUGGGGAUAACUUCACCAGUUUAUAUUUCCUAAAGAAACACCAGAUAACUCACACAGGAGAGCAGCCUUACCACUGUUCUCAGUGUGGGAAGAGCUUCAGUCAGGCAGGAGACCUGAAGCAACACCAGCGAACUCACUCAGGAGAGAAGCCAUACCACUGCUCUCAGUGUGGGAAGCGGUUUGGUUGGGAACGAGCUCUAAAGACACACCAGCUAACUCACACAGAGGAGAAGCCUUACCACUGCUCUCAGUGUGGGAGGAGCUUCAGUCAGACAGCACACCUGAAGAAACACCAGCUAACUCACACAGGAGAGACGCUUUACAACUGCUCUCAAUGUGGGAAGGGUUUCAGUCGACCAGCACACCUAACGAGACACCAGCGAACUCACACCGGAGAGAAGCCUUACCACUGCUCUCAGUGUGAUACACGCUUCAGUCAGGCAGGACACCUGAAGACACACCAGCGAACUCACACCGGAGAGAAGCCUUACCACUGCUCUCAGUGUGGGAAGAGCUUUGGUCGGGCAGGAUCUCUGAAGACACACCAGAUUACUCACACAGAAGAGAAGCCUUAUCACUGCUCUCAAUGUGGGGAUAACUUCACCAGUUUAUAUUUCCUAAAGAAACACCAGAUAACUCACACAUGAGAGCAGCCUUACCACUGUUCUCAGUAUGGGAAGAGCUUCAGUCAGACAGGAGACCUGAAGCAACACCAGCGAACUCACUCAGGAGAGAAGCCAUACCACUGCUCUCAGUGUGGGAAGUGGUUUGGUUGGGAGCGAGCUCUAAAGACACACCAGCUAACUCACACAGAGGAAAAGCCUUACCACUGCUCUCAGUGUGGGAGGAGCUGCAGUCAGACAGCAGACCUAAAGAGACACCAGCUAACACACAGCGGAGAGAAGCCUUACCACUGCUCUCAGUUUGGGAAGAGUUUCAGGCAUUUAACAACUCUGAAGAUGCACCAGAUGUGAAGCUUUUCCACUGCUGUUAGUGUGGGAAGAGUUUUAAAUGCCUAAAAGAACAUCAGAAGAUGUUGCCCCAAAACUGACCUUUUAUAAUGGUGUUGCCAAGUUCGGCAUCUAACAAUAUUGAUUGAGUUUAUUUAUAAAUUUAUUUAUAUAUAUUUUUUUCCAACCUGAUGUACAUUGUCAUAUAAAAAAUGUACCAAAGCGUAUGAAAUAUGACAUGAGGGUUACAUUUAAAUUAAAGUGUCUAUU